CCAGCAGACCGAUUGGGACAGCGGCAGCCUCUGCGGUAUAAAGGCCGGCUAUGGCGGCAGCGGCGGCUGCUGCUGCUGGGGGCCCCUGGCGGUGAGCGAGGUUCCUGCUCGCUACGAAGGAGACGCGCUGCGGAAGAGUCGCCGGGUCGGCUCCAUGGCCUUCAUUCGGAAGAAGCGGGAGGCGCAGCAACACCUCUACUCCAAGGAAAGGUUUUCCUUGCUACUCCUUAAUUUGGAGGAAUACUACUUUGAACAGCAUACAGCUAAUUAUAUUUUUAACAAAGAUGGCAAAGAAAGAAGGAAAAUCAGGGGAUCAUUAAAAAUCUGCUCAAAAUCAGUAAUAUUUGAACCUGAUGAAAUACGCCACCCCAUUAUUAAGAUUCCAUUGAGAGACUGCAUUAAAAUAGAAGCACUAGAGGACAAUGAAACAAAUAAUUCCUUCGCAAGGGCUAUCCCUGGACAGAUUUCUAUUUUAUCCAAUCAGGCUUUUCUCACUAAAGAGCAAAACAUCAUUGCACCCUUUAAAAUUGAAAGAGGUAAAACUGAAUACAUAUUUCAACUGGAUGUUGCUGGGAAAGUUGAAGAUGUUGUACAUGCCCUUCACCAGCUGUAUAGGGCAUCUCACCUGGACAAACUGGGGGACCAGGCUGCUAUGAUAACUGCUAUAUUGCAAUCACGUUUGGCCAGGACACCAUUUGAUAAGAACAGAUUUCAAAAUGUUUCUGAAAUGUUGCAUAUGGAAUGUAAAGCUGAAAUGGUCACUCCAUUGGUGACAAAUCCAGGACAUGUAUGCAUCACUGAUGCAAACCUGUAUUUCCAGCCUCUUAAUGGCUACCCUAAGCCUGUGGUUCAAGUGAUGCUACUUAGUGUCAGGCGCAUCUAUAAAAGAAGGCAUGGCUUAUUGCCCUUGGGUCUCGAAAUAUUUUGCACUGAAAAUGAUCUGUGUUCGGACAUCUAUUUGAAGUUCUACAACACUCAGGACAGAGACAAUGUCUAUUUCUACGUGGCAACAUAUUUAGAGAAUCAUGUUACGGAGCACACAGCAGAGAGUUACAUGUUACAGUGGCAACGAGGGCAUAUUUCAAACUACCAGUACCUUCUUCAUCUCAACAAUCUGGCUGAUCGAAGCUGCAAUGACCUCUCCCAGUAUCCUGUGUUUCCAUGGAUCAUAGCAGAUUAUUCUAGUUCAGAACUGGACUUGACAAAGCCUGAAACUUUUCGAGACCUCAGUAAGCCAGUAGGUGCACUAAACAAAGAGAGGCUGGAAAGACUAUUGGCACGUUAUCGGGAAAUGCCAGAACCAAAGUUCAUGUAUGGCAGUCACUAUUCUUCACCGGGUUAUGUUCUGUUUUAUCUUGUCAGAGUUGCACCAGAAUACAUGCUUUGCUUGCAAAAUGGAAAAUUUGAUCAUCCCGACAGAAUGUUCAACAGUAUUGCAGAAACCUGGAAGAACUGUUUAGAUGGGGCAACAGACUUCAAAGAGUUGAUUCCUGAAUUCUAUGAAAAUGAUUCCAGUUUCCUACUGAAUAGUCUGAAAUUGGACUUGGGGAAGACCCAAGGAGGAAAGAUGGUGGACAAUGUAGAACUUCCCCCUUGGGCAUCAGAUGCUGAUGAUUUCCUCCAGAAGAGCCAAGAUGCUUUAGAAAGCCCGUACGUGUCGGAACAUCUCCAUGAAUGGAUUGACUUAGUGUUUGGCUACAAGCAGAGGGGAAAUGAAGCUAUUGCAGCUCAGAAUGUAUUUCAUCCGUUAACCUAUGAAGGAGGAGUAGAUUUGAACAGUAUUAUGGACCCAAAUGAACGAGUAGCUCUGCUGACACAAAUCUUAGAAUUUGGGCAGACUCCAAAACAGUUGUUUACAAUCCCUCAUCCUCGGAGGAUUAUCCCGAAGUUCAAAAGUUUGUCUCGAACAUCUAGUCACAGCCUUUCUAUGACCGAGUCUCCAGUCUCUCCAGGUGAAGAAUCUUUUGAAGAUCUAACAGAAGAAAGUAUCAUGCUUGCUUGGAACCACAUGACCAAAUUAAAGCCAGAUGGGCAACACAAGAUUCACAGAGGGGCAGUCACUGGAAUAGCUGUGCCUUACAGUUCCAACUGGUCUUCUAUUUUUACUACAUCUCAAGAUUCAACCUUGAAGAUGUUUUCUGCGGAAUCAAAAAUGCUGCAGAGGAGUGUGUCCUUUUCAAACAUGGCUUUGUCAUCUUGUUUAAUCCUACCGGGUGAUACUACUGCUGUAUGUUCUUCCUGGGACAACAAUAUCUAUUUCUAUUCAAUAGCCUUUGGAAGGCGGCAGGAUACCUUAAUGGGCCAUGAUGAUGCUGUCAGCAAGAUCUGUUGGCACAAUGAUCGCUUAUAUUCUGCGUCUUGGGAUUCAACUGUAAAAGUGUGGCAGUGCAUUCCUGCAGAAUUGUUGGGCACUAAGAAGCAUUUUGAAUUGCUCGCUGAAUUGGAACAUGAUGUUAGUGUAAAUACAAUCAACUUGAAUGCCACACAUACCCUGCUAGCAUCAGGAACAAAAGAAGGAAUCAUUAGUAUCUGGGAUGUUACUACUGCCUCUGUCUUGCAUCAACUUGCAUGUCAUUCGGGCAUGGUCUCUGAUGCUGCUUUUAGUCCUGAUAGCCGGCACCUGCUAAGCACAGGAGAAGAUGGCUACUUUAAAGUGACAGAUGUACAAACUGGAAUGAUUAUCUCUUCCAUCGCCUCAGAGCAGCCCCAAAGAUGUUUCAAGUGGGAUGGGAACACUGUCUUAUCAGGAAGUCAAUCAGGAGAAUUGUUGGUUUGGGAUAUUGUUGGAGGAAAAAUAGUAGAAAGAAUUGCAGGACAUACAGGUGCUGUGACAUGUAUGUGGAUGAAUGAACAAUGCAGCAGCAUAAUCACUGGAGGGGAGGACAGACAAAUCAUGUUCUGGAAACAGCAGUAUUAAGUGCCUUCUUACUCAUACAUAUGGCUAUUUUAAACCAAACUUUUAAAAGGACCUUCCACAUGUAAUCAUGCCUGCUGCAGUUCCAAGAGCUUUGAUUGCUUCUAGCUUGUUAUGUAGCUGAAAGCUCUUAACUAUUACAAUGUUGAACUACAGUAUGCACUUGUAUUGAAUGUUCUUGCAGCUUUAAAUGCUUAUCAAAAUACUAAGCUGAAAAUAAAGACUUAUUUUUCUGUAACCAAA